AUGGAUACCGCAAACGUGCUCUACCUGACCCCUGAUGAAGCGUCGCGCGUACAGGACACGCUUAGGGAUUUAUCCAAGAAAUGUCGAAAGCAGCGCGGUGAGCCCCGGGAGGCCCGGAACCGCAAGGGUGAGAUCCAGCAAGCCGUGUCAAUGUCGCUAUUUCAGGACCUCAGCUUGUCCUUUGGAGGCGGCAGGUCCAACAACAGCAUGGUCGCCUAUACCACCGGUGAACAGUACCCACCUUGCUUGAAGGACGUGUCGCAGCUCGAGCCCAUGGAGCUCUCCGAGCUGCGCAUGGAUACGCAUCACCGCGGCAAGAAACUUAUUCUGCGCCGAGUGUCGCCCGUCGUGGAACUUCAACUGUCGUCCUGGACUGUCGUGCAGACAGACCAGCGGUCCGAAGACGUAGAGCGCUUGGAAAUCUUCAUCCACAAGUCGCAUCACGGCCAAGACGUCCUGGAGGCGGGCAUCGAGUACGUGGUUAAAGAUCCGUAUUAUACACUCAACAGCCUAGGCGAGUGCACCCUGCGCGUAGACCACCCCUCGGACCUGGUCAUCACUAUAUAUAUGGAUAACCUGGAGGUGUGGCGCAGCGCAAAGGUCAACCCGGCUAAGGUCGUCGAGACGGCCGAGGAGUGCAAGACAAAGGGCAACGCCGCGCUGGAGAAAAAAGACUACUGUCGUGCGUACGCCUACUACUCCGAGGGACUGGCCAAGGCUGGGUCCAACGAGGGCAUCCGACGCGAUCUGCACUGCAACCGCUCGCACGUCAACCUGGCGCUGCUGCGCUACGAUGAGGCGAGGAGGGAUGCGGAUGCAUCUUUGAUACGUAGCAGUGUCCAGGAGGACAAGUACCUGGAUGCAAAGGCGUACUUCCGGGCAGGUGGUGCGGCCUAUAAGCUGGGUCAGUUUGAGGAUGCUAAGAGCUUCUUCGAGGAACAGCUCAAGCUGCAGCCCGACAACCAAAAAGCGAAGGUCUUUCUCAAAAUUGACCUGCGCGUCAAGGAAAAGACAACCGGUGUAUUCGACUUUAAUAAGGCGAUAAGCAGCUUGUCCAAGACGCAGCAUCGACUGGACUUGGCCAGCUUCGACGGUCCCACCCAAAUCAAGGAGAGCCCCGGCGCCGGGCGCGGCCUAUUCGCAACGCGUGACAUCCAGCCCAACGAGAUCAUACUGGUCGAAAAGGCCUUCUGCGUCAUCUGGAGCUGGGACCGCGACGCCAUGACGGCCAUUACCUGCGACCUGGGCAACGACGCUGCUAUCAAGUUGUUCCCGACAGGCCUGCACCGCGCUGUGGUGCGCAAGCUGCGUAACAACCCCUCACAAAUCCAGAGGCUUCUCGAACUCGCGAGCACAUACAAAGGCCUCGGCGUGGAGCAGCAUUGGAGCGACGAGCAGCCCGUGGUGGACGCUUUCCAGGUUCACGACAUUAUCCAGCAAAACGCCUUUGGACCCGGCGCGCAGUCAGAGGACGAGGACGUCAGCAACACCAGCACGGGAAUCUGGCUUCGAGCAGCCUACAUGAACCACUCGUGCGUCUUCAACGCGACGAAAGUCUUUAUAGGGGAUAUCCUCGUGCUGCGGUCCAACAGGAAGAUUAAGGCAGGAGAGGAGAUUACGCACUGCUACGAUGCGAGAGUCGAUGUGGACGACCGCAACACCAUGCUGCAGAAGACAUGGCAGUUCAGUUGCUCGUGUGCGCUGUGCCAGGCGGAGAGAAAGGAUAGCGCCGAGGUGCGCAAGAAGCGCAAAGAUCUGGUCGGCGAGAUCAGUUCAUUUAUGCAGAGAGAGAGGGCUCUGGGCGCACGGGCCAUUACCGUAAUGAGGGCAAAGAGGCUGAGGGCAGCGGUCAACGCGACGUAUGAUAGGAAGCGGUACGAGGGCCUGCCGAAGCUGGCGCUGUUUUCGAUUGACGAGUGGUUGAGACUAGCGGGCAAAUAG